AUGUCCCAAAUAUGUCCAGCCCCACCUUCUGACCCUAAUGCAGAGGAGUUGCUGACAGGUGACAGUAGCUAUCCUCCUUCAAUACUGAGGAAAAGGCCACCUGUGGACCAAGCUGUGGGGGAAAAGCGGAAAGCAGAGAGAAGGGUUCGAUUUCGUGACCCAGAAGUCAUUGAAUAUGCCAUUUCCUGCUGUGACUACAUAGUGGUAGAUGACAGGUCAUCAUCUGGAUUGCCUGUGCUCCUGUGGCUCUCAUUUUGUGCAGUGCUGAUCCUUGCUGUGAGUCUCUACUACACCAGCAUGAAGCAAGAUGUCAAAGUCCUGGAGGAAUUUCAAUCCCGACUUGUUAUCUUCUUUCUUCAGAUAAGACACAUUGCUCAGAAAUGCUGGACUUGGUUUAUGAGGCAGUAG